AUGGAACACCUGCAAGCAAGAGUGGAAGUUUGGAUGGAUCUUGGAGUUGACAAUGCACGCCGAUUCAUCGACGUAUACACUCUCUCCAAAAAAUUGGGCCCAAAAAUUUCGAAGGCGCUUCCAGCUUUGCAUGCGUUCACUGGUUGCGAUUUCAACCCAGCAUUGUACCGACAUGGGAAAGAGAAACUUUUGCAAUUUCUGAUGAAUUCAGAAAUUUUCCAAGAAGCAUUUCUGGAUUUGGGAUCAAAGGAGCAUAAUGUUCAGGAUUCUUUUAACAUCAUACAGUCUUUUACUUGCCACUUGUAUGGGUUGAAAAAGUGA